AUGGAUCAAUUUGUGACAACGUACAGAAAGGAUUUCCUGUGGCCAUAUGUUCGAUCCUUUGGAUUGAAGCCGGACAAUGGACCGCAAUUUGGUGGACACGGUGAUAUGUGUGCAUGCCAAUGCAGUCAAGAAGAUGAACAAAAAUUGUUAGGACCCAAUGUUCUUGAACAGGACGCCUACCAGAAACUGGGCCCGAGUGCUCCAUUAAUGGACCCUAAGCUGUAUCCAGCUAGAGUAGGACCUGCGCCAGAAAAUGAUACGCAGAGGUUCAAUCAGCCCAACGUUUUUCUUGAGAAGCUGAGAAUGAAAUAUCCGUUUUUGUAUGAAGUAUUAAGAACCACCGCGCCUGAUGAUUUAAUAUCAAGGAUUAAUCGAGAUCGUUUACGAACUACUUAUGAAGUAGAUUAUUGCCAUUUGAAUGAAUAUCCAUCGGCUCCUUACGAUGAAUUAAUCAGAGCUGCUGGCUUGAAAGGAGGUCCGGUAUGCUCGGAGCCGGUAAGAUUGCCGGGCGAUCCUUGCAGACCGAAUCAAAAGCCGAUUGCGUUCAGACCGGGUGCACUACCAAACGCUACAAAGAUUGAUAAAAUAUCGAACAGUACGAAAUGUGGAGCGGUAGGUGGCGGUGGAGGAAGCGGCGGAGCUGGUGGUUUCGGAUCUUCAGGCGGCUCUGGCGGUCAAAACAGUUCUGGAGCACCGGGUAUUGGUGGUGCCAUAUCCAUGGGCACAACCGAAUACCAAGAUGCUAUCAGCAAAUUGGGCGAACUCAUAAUUAGAGAUAAAAUCCAUAUUAAGAAGAGGAAUAGAGGAAUACUUAGUUGGAAUCCUUUCAAUAAGGAACACGUCAACGGCGAUGAUAGCCUGAAUAAAUGGGGCAAAAUGAUAUAUAGGGAUCAGAAGCACUCGCACGGAGCAAGAUCCAGCGGCAGAACGGCCUUAUCCAGAAAAUAA